UUGUGGUGUAAUUUCGAAUUCGAAUAUGCGCGCUGUCACACAGCUGACGCUUUUCAUGUGUUGGCCACCACAAUGAGCAUCUCAACGGUAUCUAGUGUCUCUGGUGCAAGCCUUGCCCGCCGUUCAAGGACCAGAACACGUUCAAGGACUGUCAGCGCGUCACCUUCUGCUGACCAUACCUCCUUUCCUCCUCCAAGUCCCACUCAUUUCGUUGCCGAGCCGUUGGACAUGUAUCCGGCUGCAUUCUCUCGUCCUUUUGAGCUUGGCCAUGAGCGGGAAUCGAUCGUCACCCACGGUUCAUCUUCCGUCUAUCCACCUUCAACUUCGGCGUCCACUGUAUCAGGGACAGAGUCACCACCCUCCCCACGUUCGCUCGCAGAGCAAAUUGACCACAACCAAGUCUCUUCAUUUGACCCAGAGCUUGAACACGAGUAUGAUGGGGACGAUGUCUCCUACCGGCUUCGCCUACUUGUAAAAAACAACUACUUCCUACCCCCAGCCCACGCCAAGCCGUCUCCAUCCGACCUCGCAGCCACAGACAGCUUGAAAAGGGCCGCGAAACCCCCGCCCACACCAACAAUUUUCGAUUUUUUCCGAAGGGCUCGGUCAAAGUCGCGUUCCAAACCAUCGACCCCCACCGGAGUUCCCCACCAAGUUUUUGACUUGACGACGCCAGCGCUUCGGACGACUUCCGAACCGGCAGCGGUUUCUCCACAAGAAACCCGGGGUCGCACACUGACUCAAACUCCUCGACAACAAGAUGCAGCCCCUGGACGUGUUGUCGUAGUUCGCGAACGGAUGUCAGACAUCGCAACAGCCGUAAAGCAAGCCGAGCAAGAAAUGAAGGCCCGUGCCGCCACUUCUCGUGACCCCUCGCAUCCCAGCAUUGUGGAUGUCAUUGACCCAACCGACGCCGUUGAUGUGCCGCCACCAUCUGCCGCCUACCCCUUUGCAGUACAGGCCUCGGCUCUACACGAAAUGGGAGUUGACGAAUCAGUUGGAGCUGCCCUGUUGGCUGACCGACUUCCGCCGCCACAUAGUCCUCAUGGUGACGGAAACUGGCGCAAAGAUCUUCUUCGCGCAGCAGUGGACUAUUCGUUGAAUAACUCAACGGACGUUCUCGUCUCUCCUCGACCCAAAAGCAGAUCUUCGCCAACAUCAACAGAGUCGUCUGCCCAACGGUCUAUACCUCCCCGACCACCCAAGUCCCCAAAUCGACCACCAUUGCCUGCCGUCCAGAUUGGUCAGCGAAUUGUCUCUCCACCCCUCGAUGAAGGCAUGUCUUCUGCUCGCUCAAUUCACUCAGAAGAAUCCAGAGCCGAUGAAGAGGUGUCGCGGGUUUCCAGUACCGUCCCAGUUCGAGUUGAAACACCCACAAUGCCCCUAACACCACUUGCACCUCCACCUCGGAAACUUGUUAACCCACUGUACUCUAUCUCUCAGACAAGCCUCCCAUUGGAGGUUGCUCCGGCAACCGAUCACCAGUCAGAGUCCCGAUUAUCAAACACGUACGACAGGCAUGCAAUGCUCAGUCCUCCUCUCAUUCGACCUGAUUACCCACGCGCAAGUUCGGAUAGUGAUGCAUUAUCCUUCUACUCGGACGAUGCUCACGAAAUUGAUCGUCGUCCUUCCAUGGCCUCGUCGAGCAGAGAGCGGCCCUCGAUUUCUUUGUCGGCACAACCUUCUCCCACCCGGUCUGCUUUCCGAGAUGCUUUGGACCAGCCUCCUGUUGCUAGGCCACCCCGGUCUUCAUCGUUACGAGGCAGUUUAGACCACCCGACAUGUCCCAGUCCUUCUCCAAUUCCAAGAGACAGCAUGGCAUCACCACCACCAAGAGUGUCUUCAUCUUUGGCGCAUUUUACACCUCUUUUACCCCCACCCCGUGCUGCGCCGCGACCCAGAUUGCCGCCAAUUGGCAUAUUUCCUGAGGAACAAGAGACAUUGGAAAUACUGGCUCCUCCCCCGUCCACCCCUCCCUUGCCCCAAGAACAAAUACAAAUACUCGCUCCUCCACCAAGCACUCCACCCUUUGGACCCGAAAUUAAUACCUUCUCACCCAGCUCACCUGCUUUCUCGCCAUCUGGUCGUGGAGGUGUCAGCUUGUCCCUCGCAAUUCCACGUCAGUUCAGUGAUUCCGGGCCACGCUCUGCCCCACCAGUCACCUCGUUUUUCGACAGCAUUCAGAAUCAGCCAAAUGCAAUGGAUGAUCUUGAUUCAUCGUCUGAUGAGGAGACAGAUGAGGAUGGCGACGGAGAGCUAGACAUCUCUCCGCCACAGACACCCAUAUUCGUGAAUCCACGGACAAGGGCUCUGUCCAAUGUCCCUCCACCAAGUAGCAUCAGCAACUCGAGCUCACGCUCCCUGCUUAUGCGCCUGGGAAAUCAUUCGACACCGUAUGUCAGUCGCUCCUCUGACGAGGGUCGAAAGCCUGUCAGCAAUGUCCCCAAGUCAAACACUUUCUUUACGCAACGGCGGGGCGGGAGAAGUGAUCAAGGACAUGGGCCACCAACAUCGACAUUUGACUUUUACCAGUAUGCGAAACAAAAGGCACCAUCCCCUACAACCGUAGCUGGCCCUUCGCGACGAUCGGAGACGCAUGACCGCCCAACCAACACUCGAGAAUUGGAGUCGUUGCGGCGGUUAGAUGGGAUGCUAAUUCAACACAUGGAGGCGGAAAGGGCGUCAAUUCGGAGGAUUGCUACUAACCUGAGCACUACUAAUGGAAAGCGACUGCGAUAG